AUGAAAUCGGAAGGAGAUAUCUUGAAAGAUCGAGUUAUUGACUUUGAAAACGAGAACUGUAAAUUUUUUUCAAUCGAUCUUACAGAACCUAAAAUGGAUCACGACCACCACGAUCACCACGAUCACCACGAUCAUAUGGAUUAUCAGCCAGUGAUGGUUGUUACUACUACAACUACGAUGAUGACCCAUGUUCAUCAUAUGAUAAAAGAACAAACAAAUACAAGCUCAGUUCAUAGUGGACAUGGUGGUUCUCAGAUUCACAAUAUGAUGAUGUCAAUGGCCUUCCAUGGUGGUUUUAAAGAGCAAAUUUUAUUUGAACAAUGGAAUACACAAACAAUGACUGCAUUUAUUGGAUCUUGGCUUCUCAUUUUUUUCGUUGCUAUACUCUAUGAAGGAUUAAAAACUGCUCGAGAUCAAUUAUCAAAACGUGACGGAUGUCAAUGUGGUCAAGAACGUGAAGGUCAACCAUCACUUUUACGACAUCAAGGUCAACAAUAUGAAAAUUCUAAUAAUAAUGAUUUAAUACCAAGAGUUCAAACAGAAAAAGUCCGUACUAAUAAACGAGCUCGUUUAUUGAGUCUUCGGCAUUUUAUUCAAACAAUUUUACAUAUUCUUCAAAUGGGUAUUAGCUAUUUAUUAAUGUUAAUAGCUAUGACAUUUAAUAUUUAUCUAUUUUUGGCUAUUAUACUCGGCGCUGGUGUAGGUCAUUUCUUAUUUGCUUGGCGUCGUACAUCUAUUAUUGAUUAUAAUGAACAUUGUCAUUGA